UGACAAGACCGCAGGAAGGCAAGAAACCCGAGGCAAGGAACCAAAACUCAAGAGCAAGAGUGAGACCUGUGUUCACCAAGCGCCUCUUCUUGUCACCACACACUCUGUUUUCAUAUAUUUCGCCUUUAUCCAUCCCCCCUCGAGGAAACACUGACCACCAACUACACCGGAGGCUGGAAGUGCUGCCCGGUGCUGUUCCUGAGUGCUGAAAGGCGGUGCGGCGAGUGUUAAAUAAGGGUGGCCAAACCCUCCCAGCUUUGCCCCUCGCUCACCCUGGUCUACACCUCCACGCACCCUAGAGAUGGAUGACUGGAACCUGGACCGGCUUGGUGAGGAGAGCGGUGAUGAGGAUGAGGGGGCAGACGUCACGUGGUCAUUCUCGGGUAGCACAGGCACAGUGUUCCUCAUCGAUGCCGCCAAGGAGAUGUUUGACAGUCUACCUGGUGAGGAGGAUGAGGACACCCCCUUCACCAGGGCCAUCAAGGCCGUCCAUGCCUCCAUGAUGCGGAAGGCCAUCGCCAAGCCCUAUGACCUGAUGGCUGUGGUCUUCUUCAACACGAGGGAAGCCAAGAACCCGCUUGGCUACUCCGGCGUGUAUGUCCUUCAGGAGCUACAGAGGCCCAGCGCUGAGAACGUCCUGGCCAUGGAGGAGUUCAUUGACAUGAAGGACAGUCAGUUUGAGACCAAGUUUGGCCACUCAGUCUCUGCCAGCAUUCACGACUCUCUGAGGACAUGCCAGAGUGUCUUCAAUACCAGUGAGAAGCGUCACUCAGGGAGGAGCAUCCUGCUGUUCACUUGUCGGGAUAACCCACACGCCGGGGACGACCAGCGGCGGCGGCAGGCAGUCACCAAGGCCAAAGACCUGAAGGAGUCUGCUAUUGCUCUGGAGAUCCUGCACAUGGGGGUCGCCUUUGAUGUUGACAAGUUCUAUAAGGACUUGAUUCUCCCUGAUGAUACUGAGGAGGAGGAGGAGCAGGGAGGAGAGCUCACCAGAGAAAGAAGAACUCUGGCCGAUCCAACCACUCGCUUUGAGGAGCUGAUGAAGCGAGUCAGUCUGCUGGAGAAUAAACAGAGAGUGGCUGGCAAACUGGUCUUCACUCUUGCUCCUGGUGUCACUGUGGGCGUUGGGAUCUAUUCAGUUGUCAAGAAAUCAAGAAAGCCAACCAAGAAGAGGCUGUGGAAAAAUACCAACCAGGAAUUGAAGUCCAUCCACAAGGACUACUUGAUGGACACUGGAGAGCUGGUGUCUCGCUCAGACUAUGAGUAUUACCAGAAGUUUGGCAACAGGAAGAUUGGCCUCACCAUGGACGAGGCGCGGAACAUUGGCAACAUGUAUGAGCCGGGCAUGCAGCUGCUGGGUUUCAAGCCACUCACCUGGCUCAAGAACAUCUACUACUACAAGGAGGCAAAGUUCAUCUACCCCAAGGAAGAGAUGCUCAAAGGGAGCACCAAGGUCUUCACGGCACUGCUGGAGCGCUGCCAGGCCCGCAACAUGAUAGCCCUGGUGCGUCUGGUGGUGAGGCAGCGCACAUCCGUUGCCCUGGCUGCUCUCGUGCCACAGAAGGAGGUGUUGGAUGAGACAAAUGCACAGAUGCUGCCCCCAGGUUUCUUAGUGUACCAUCUGCCAUUUGCUGACAACUUUGGCACAGUGGAGAUCAAGAGCAGGUCACGAGCCAAGGAGAGGCAGGUGGACGCAGCAAAGAGAGUCAUCAAGAAGCUGCAAUUUGAAUUCCAGCCAGAGAACUUUGACAAUCCAGAUAUUGAGACCAUGUGGGAGAUCAUCAAGGCUCUGGCCCUCAACCGCUCCCAGCUAGAACCAGUGGUGGACUACACGGUUCCUAACAACGAGCAAAUGGAGAAGCGAGCCGGGCCACAGCUGAGGGAGUUUGACAGACUAGUGUUCACCAACACCGUGAGCCAGUCAGCCAAGAUUCAGUCAGCCACUAGCGCCCUCCUGGCCUCCAAGAGAGUCAAGAUAGACAAUGACAACCUGGAUGUGGAGACUAUGGUUAGGAGAGGACAGGCGCAGCAGUUGACAGUCCCAGUGCUCAAGUCGUGGCUGACGGCACGUGGCAUGAGCAUCACUGGGAAGAAAAAGGCUGAGCUGAUGCAGGCUGUCAUUGAUGCUGUGUGUGCAUAGUGAGUGUGUGUGUGUGUGUUUGUGUGUGUGUGUGUGUGUGUGUGUGUGUGUGUGUGUGUUUGUGUAUGUGCGCUUAAUUAUGAAGCAUAGAAGGGUAAGUAAGUAAAUACGUACGUGUGUGAGUUGGAUGCCAUUCCUGAUAUUGAGCAUCGCAUGAUAUAUGAAAAAAUUCUGAUAUGUGAUAUAUAUAUUUUUUUCCCGAAAGUUCAGAGUUAGUACAAAGGAAGUGCAGUUUUUCCUGGAGAGAAAAGUGGAAACGUUAGGUACUGUAGGUGGCUGUUGUUAUUGGUUCCGGUGUGAGGGUUCAGUUCUUCUGGUGAUGUGUUUAUUAACCGUUAAGUUCUCUGUCACUGUUUGACUGCUGAUGACUAAAGGACUCCACUUGUUUGAAUAACUGUAUGUCAUUCUGCCAACAUUAUUUUUUUGUAUCUGUGGUGCCUUUCAAGAUUAUUCAUUAAGUUUGCACCACAACAUUCCAUCAAAGGAGAAGCCACAGCAGUCAAAUGGUAAAAUUUUUGGGUCUUGUGUUAUUGUCAAAGGAUAAAUGGCCUCAUGAAUGGAGUAGUGUUCCAAAGAGAUAAAUUUGUCAGUGAAAAGAGUAGUGCUUCAAUUUUUAGGUGGCACGAACUAUUCUUAAAAGAGAAGUGACCACCGAGAGGAGUGGUGUGUUCGGUUAAUGUUUGAGAUCUUUUGAGUUAUAUCAGAAAGACAAAUUGAGGAGUAGCAGAGUAGUAUUUUAAGUUCUGAUGCUUACCAAUCCUUCUAAAGAAAUUGCUAGUAAUGAAGUAACAUUUAAGUUAUGAGUCUUACAAAUUAUUCUUUAACAGACAUGUCAGUGAAUGGAGUAAUGGUUAAGUUUGAAGUUUUGGGUCUCUGCAAAUUAUUCCAAAAAGUUAAAUUCUCCAAGAUUAACAGAGUAGUUGUGGUUCCCCUGCUUACCUGAGGUUCUUACUCAUUAACUUGCACAGGUACGUGGAGUGCAAUCAUUACAGAAGUGUGUUUUCUUUUUAGUUUUUAUAUUCUUUUAUACCAUGAAAACUAAAAAUAGUAUUAAAAAAUAAAAAAAAGACAGACUAUGUCCUAUAACUUAAGGUAAUUAGGCAGCAAUCAACUAAAUGUCUUUGUGCCUUACUUAGUAUCUUCACCAAAUGUCAGUCCUGUUCCAUGAUUAAAAAAGAUUGUUUAU